UGAGUCAAACAGUUUUAAUAAAAAGUAAUUUUAUUAGUUUUAUGUUUUAUAUAUAAGUAUUCAAUAAUAAAGAGAAUUAAAUAAAAUUAUGGAUAACUUAACUAAAGUUCUUCAAGAUUUUCAAAUCAAUGGUUACGCUAUUAUUGAGGAUUUCUUGUCAAACAAAGAAGUGGAAACAUUGAAGAGUGAAUGCAAAACAUUGAUUGAUAAGGGAUUAGAUUUACGGGAAGACCAGACUAUCUUCACGACUGGUGAUAGUCAACAAACAAACGACUAUUUUAUGAACUCUGGCGACAAAAUUCGCUAUUUUUACGAAAGUCAUGCCUUUAAUGAUAGGGGAGAGUUGGUUGUAGACAAGUACUCGUGUCUUAAUAAGAUUGGACACGCAUUGCAUUGGAUGAGCCAACCAUUUAAAGAGAUCACAUUCAGUGACAAAGUUAAACAAUUAGUUAAACAAAUUGGUUUUGUUGAGCCAGUGGUCGUCCAGAGUAUGUAUAUAUUUAAAAACCCGGGCAUCGGUGGUGAAGUAAUGCCACAUCAGGACGCAACAUAUCUGCACGCAAUACCUGAUCCUAAAGUAAUUGGUCUUUGGUUUGCUUUAGAAGAUGCAACGACAGAAAAUGGUUGUUUGGAGUUCAUCCCCGGUUCACAUCAUGAAGGACUACAUACUCAAUGGAUUCGUACGACUGAUCAAAAUGGAUCAACUGUUAUGAAGUUAACUAAAGAGUGCAAUCAAUUUAAAGACAGACAGUUUGUGAGCGCACCCGUCAAGAAAGGAUCAGCAGUUGUUAUCAAUGGUUUUGUCAUUCAUAAGAGUGCAAUCAAUCGGUCAACUAAUCCAAGACCUAUCUAUACUUUCCACAUAUUUGAACAAAAGGAUAGAGUUUGGGAUUCAUUCAAUUGGUUGCAACCGACACACGAUAUGCCCUUUCCUUCUCUAUAUAAAAAUUAAUUUCUAUUUUUAAAUAUCUAAUUAUUAAUAAUAAA